AUGCAAUGGAGAGUGAGUUCAGGUUUCACAGGGAGGUCAUUUGUCAUCACGAGCAGUGAAAAAGAGUCAUUUGACCCGAACUACUCAAUUGAGUCAUGUGACAACCGGUCCUAUUCGGUGGUCCGACUUCGCUCCAGUGCAAACCCUGUGCUGCUGAGGAUGGCGUUCAUAGCCAAGACCUUCUAUGACCUGAGGGCCACAACGCUGGACGGCGACCCGGUGGACUUCAACGUGUACCGCGGGCGGGUGGUUCUGAUAGAGAACGUAGCCUCGCUCUGAGGUACCACCAGCCAGGACUUCAAUCAGCUCAAGCUGCUUCAGAGCAAGUAUCCGCAUCGAUUGGUGGUCCUGGCCUUCCCUUGUAACCAGUUUGGGUAUCAGGAGAAUUGUAGCAAUGGUGAGAUCCUAAAUUCCCUGAAGCACGUACGUCCAGGUGGAGGAUUUCAGCCCAACUUCACCAUCUUUGAGAAAUGUGACGUCAAUGGUGCAAAUACACAUCCCGUCUUUGCCUAUCUCAAAGAAAAACUCCCCUUUCCCGGUGAUGACCCUAACCACCUCAUGCAGGAUCCCAAAUUCCUGGUUUGGAGUCCCGUCAGCAGGACGGACGUAUCUUGGAACUUUGAGAAAUUCCUCAUAGCGCCCGAGGGAGAGCCGUUUAAAAGAUACAGCAGAAAAUUCCCCACCAUUGAUAUUGAGCCUGACAUUCAACGAUUGCUAAAAUUAACAAAAACCUAAGAGUAUAUUUUUAACACUACAUGUUUAAGUCUUAUUGAAUGAAGGUGAUAUUAUGAAAUGUAACGGUAAUAUCAACUGAAGAUUUAUAAGUUCUUAAAUUAAGUGUUUAUUCUUAUUUUUUUGUCAAAUGAACGGUAUGUUUUCGAUGGUAGAACUCGAGUUAGUGAUGAACUACACACCAUUGUGAUUUUCAUACAAACACUAAAGCAGUAGUAAAG